UUUCAAGCUAAAAGACGCAUGAUUAAGCUCAAAAAGUUACUAACUCAGGAUGGACGCGCUGACAUGACCAAUUUUGAGAUGGAUUUAUUUGAUACAAGGAUGAAUUCAUAUACUCUUGAAAAGGUUGUUAAAUCUUUCAAUUUUAUUAAGCAUGUUUACAUUUGUACUGACGAAAGUGAGCAGUGUUGUCAGCAUAGUAUUAUCAAACCUGCCUGUGUUCCAAUAUCAGUUAUUUCUCUUUUUAUAUUUUUGAUUGUGUUUCUUCCCUUAUUUAGCGAAGAUAACUUUGAUAAUACAUCUAUGCGUUACGUUCGAAGCGGUUGCUGUACAGAUCAGUGCAGAGUGCAAUUCGUAGAAUCGAUUCCAUCAGUUUUGGCUUUCAAUAGCAGUAUUCGUAAUCUGGAAACUUAUGAUGUUUGGAAAAGUUUGUUAGAUGAAACUCGUACUUCCAUUGAUAUUGCAUCUUUGUAUUGGAAUCUUCGGGAUCCUGAAGCACUCCCAGCUUCUCGAGAAGUCGGCAAUGACACAUUUGCUAGAUUUUUAGUUGCCGCUAAACGUGGAGUUCGAGUUAGUUUUUUAUUCUCAUUUAUUAAUUUAUUUAUCGUCAAUAUGUCUAAAUUGUUUGGUACUAAUGGUAUUCUUCAUACCAAAUUUUGGAUUGCUGAUUCUCGACACGUUUAUAUUGGAUCAGCUAAUAUGGAUUGGAAAUCUCUUACCAUGGUUAAGGAAUUUGGUGUUAUUAUUUGGAAUUGUACAUGUAUAGCAAAUGAUUUAUACAAAAUUUUUAAUGUGUAUUGGCGUCUUGGUGUUGAUGGUGCCAUAGUUCCUCAUAAAUGGCCAUUGAAUUUACGAACUUAUUUCAACUUCUCUCAUCCACUUAAACUUUCUAAUGUUGGAGAUACUGGUGUUUUCAUAUCCAGCUCACCUCCUGAAUUCAAUGCGAAAGGUCGCGAAGAGGACGGAAAUGCAAUUGUGGCAGUAAUGGGAGAUGCAGAAAAUUUCGUGCAUAUAUCCGUUAUGGAUUAUAUGCCUGUAACACUGUAUAUGACCAACAACACAUACUGGCCGAAAUUAGAUGAUGCUAUACGAUCAACAGCUUAUCGGGGCGUAAAGAUCCGAUUAUUAGUAGGUUACUGGAAGUAUUCAAAGCCUGAAAUGAUCUCUUUUUUGAAAUCAUUGCUUGAAAUAAAUUCUGGUAUUCCAAGCCGUGCAAAUCACUCAGGAAAAAUAGAAGUGAAAAUGUUUGCAUUUCCAACCAAUUCAUCACCAGAGGAAUUUUCAUAUACUUAUGUGAAUCAUUGCAAAUAUAUGGUUACCGAGAAAAUUGCUUAUAUCGGUACUUCCAACUGGGUUGGCGAUUACUUUUUAAAUACUGCAGGCGUUGGUGUUUCUUUUAUUUCGCCGUCAUUUGCCAAAUCUCUGAAUGAAGUUUUUAUGAGAGACUGGAAUUCAGUGUAUGCCAAGAACGUCAGGGACUUUUUAUUGACCAAACAUUCGUAA